AGGUGCGGCUGCCCGCGGGGACUGACACCGGUUCGCGCGGUGCCCUCUUCCCCGCGCGCCCAGACGGUGCCCAGACGGCGCCCAUCCAGGCUGCGGUGAGCCGAGCAACGGCGAGAUGUGGGCGCUGCUGGCCGCCGGCGUGGCGUUGGUCGUGGUCACCGGGGCGCAGGACAACCCAGUGCCCGGCAGCCGCUUCGUGUGCACCGCGCUGCCCCCGGAGACGGCGCGGCCCGGCUGCCCGCUGCCCGCGAUGCCCAUGCAGGGCGGCGCGAUGAGCCCCGAGGAGGAGCUGCGGGCGGCCGUGCUGCAGCUGCGGGAGACGGUAGUGCAGCAGAAGGAGACGCUGGGCGCCCAGCGCGAGGCCAUCCGCGAGCUGACGGGCAAGCUGGCGCGCUGCGAGGGGCUGGCGGGCGGCCGGGCGCGGGGCUCGGGCAAGGACACCAUGGGCGACCUGCCGCGGGACCCCGGCCACGUCGUGGAGCAGCUCGGCCGCUCGCUGCAGACGCUCAAGGACCGGCUGGAGAGCCUGGAGCUCCAGCUCCGUGCCAACGCAUCCACCACUGGCCUGCCCAGUGACGUGCGUGAGGUGCUUCAACGGCGGCUUGGGGAGCUGGAGCGGCAGCUGCUCCGCAAGGUGGCUGAGCUGGAGGAUGAGAAGUCGCUGCUGCACAACGAGACAUCAGCGCACCGCCAGAGGACGGAGAGUGCACUGAACGCGCUUCUGCUCCGGGUGAGCGAGUUGGAGCGAGGCAACAGUGCGUUCAAAUCCCCAGAUGCGUUCAAGGUGUCCCUCCCACUCCGCACCAACUACCUGUAUGGGAAGAUCAAGAAGACGCUGCCCGAGCUGUACGCCUUCACCAUCUGCCUAUGGCUGCGGUCCAGCGCCUCACCAGGCAUUGGCACCCCAUUCUCCUAUGCCGUGCCUGGGCAGGCCAAUGAGAUCGUGCUGAUUGAGUGGGGCAACAACCCCAUUGAACUGCUCAUCAACGACAAGGUCGCGCAGCUGCCCCUGUUCGUUAGCGAUGGCAAGUGGCACCACAUCUGCGUGACCUGGACGACGCGGGACGGCCUGUGGGAGGCCUUCCAGGACGGGGAGAGGCUGGGCACCGGCGAGAACCUGGCACCCUGGCACCCCAUCAAGCCGGGAGGCGUGCUCAUCCUCGGGCAGGAGCAGGACACUGUGGGGGGCAGGUUUGACGCCACACAAGCAUUUGUGGGGGAGCUCAGCCAGUUCAACAUUUGGGACCGCGUCCUGCGUGCACAAGAAAUCAUCAACAUUGCCAACUGCUCCACCAACAUGCCGGGCAACGUGAUCCCCUGGGUGGAUAACAACGUCCACGUGUUUGGGGGUGCAUCCAAGUGGCCUGUGGAGACGUGUGAGGAGCGGCUCCUGGACUUGUAGCCACCCCAGGGUCCCCAUGGGCCAGGCUCAGUCAGUCCCAUGGGGGGGGUGUUCCAACCCACCCCCUCUCCUGUUAAAAACUGUGAAACCUCUCACCCCAGUGGUAGGACCCCAAGGUUCAUUGUGGGAACUUAACACUAAGGCUGGGUGACAGCCUUGGCCACCAGCUCACUCAUUCCUUCCCACGAUUUUGGGGUUUGAUGGGGUGGGGUCAGUGCCAGCCUCCCAUGGGUCAGCAGCUGGCUUCCUGCUGGGAGUGGAUUGAAGCCAGUGAGCUGCUCUCCCCACACCUCCUGUAAAUGCUAGUGCAGCCCUGCCCUCCCCAUGCUGUCUUGAUCUGUGGUGUCCUGUGUAUGCCUCUGUCUCUCUUCUGUUGUGGCUGUGGGCCUCUUGGUGUCCUAUGUUCCUACAGCAUCCCUGCUGCCCAUCACGCACGUGCUGUGUGGGGAACAUGGUCUGCGGCCCUUCCUACUCUGUAUCCUCCUUUAUGUCUUGCGCAUGUGCCAGUGUGGGGGUAGCAGCAGCCAGGUGAGCAGAAGGGGAACCCCUGCCCCAUGUGGAGGACCCAGGAGUGGAGAAGGGAAGUGACAGCUGCCACCCUUCCUCUCUGCCCCCUUCCACUUUGAUGGACUCAUCACUAGGUUGGUUCAAGUCCACUCUUCUCAUCCGGUGCCAGAAGUUCAUUUGUAGCCUUUUUGUCCUCUCUGUGUGCUUGAGGGGAUUCCUGUCCUGCCCACCCCGAUGUUCCACCAUUCCUGUGAGCAUCUGAUGGUCCCCCCGAGCUCUGUCCCCCCCCGAACUGCUGAGAACAUUGGGUGCCAUUUGGCCAAUGUUGGCCUAGUGGCUUCAGGCUGUGUCACAGAUUGUUAUUUAUUUUACAGAGAAAGUAAGUGAUGCGGUGGGGGGAAAUUUAUAAAGCUGAAUAUUAUAUAUUUUAUUUUUUCAUACCCAUUGGAAGCACAAAGUCCAUGGACAUGCCCAUCCUGACACUGUGCCACAGAGAGCGCCUGUGACAUGGAUGCUAAUUAAAGUGCAUUGAAGAUGCUGUGGG